AUGGUCAUGAGUGUGAACCUCAAGAUCCUAAAUAACAAACGAACAAUCAAUUCUCCAUCAGUGCUCACAGAGGAACCUAAAGUACAUCAUCAAACAAGACAGUCAGAACAGCUCAAGUUCCAAACUAGCCACCCUCUUCUCACUCGGUACCCCGUCAACAUAGCUCCGAGUCCUGCGGUUUUGGACACGGUGGGUACCCCUUCUGGCAAAGUUUCGCUUGCCUUGCGAGCCCGUCACGAAAUAGCCAGGAGGGCGAGGAUUGAGGACGCAAGGAAAGUUGAUCCAGUGGCAAGUGCCACAACCCCAGCAUCCAACACCAAGCCUACUACUUUUGCCGACAAUGUCGCCAACCCAAACACAAAACCUACUCCUCCCGGCAGCACUACAGCCAAUCCACCCGCGAAGGCACCGGCUGUCGAUCCCAAUCCUCCAAUCACCAAUUCUCGUACUCCUAUCAACCCAACUCCCUCCGCCCCUCCGAAUAAUACUGCGCCAGCAAAGUCGGCCCUGCCGCCUUCAACUGCAGUGACACCCCUAACCCCGACGCCGGAAGCAAGCCCGGAAGCAACUGCCAAAACAGCGCCAUCAGGCACCGUGAUUGCCAACAAACCUGCAGUUGAGAGUGUUACUCCCACAGCCCCCACCACUCCGCUUGUCCCCUCACCAGCUGCCAAUGUCACAGCGCAAAGAGAAGUCACUCCGCAUAACCACACAGAGAGUGCGAAGGUAGAAGCCGUACCACAAGGUUCCUCGAAAGUGAAUACAAGCCAGCUUACUUCGAUCGCCAUAGGAGUUGCCUGCGCAGCUUCCCUCGUAAUAUUCGCCAUCCUGGUUGUGAUUUUCAAGAUCAGAGUCUGCAGGAAAAGGGCACGCCGGACGGAGAAAUUGGGAGACGAUUUCUUUGGUUCCCAAGACCGCCUAAGUUUUUCUGACAGUGCCGGUAGUAGUCGCAAGUCCCUCUUCCUCGUCCCGCGUCCGAUCGGCAACAAAUUCCCCGAAUCAGCCCAAGAGAAGCCUGCUAGCACCUUUGGGAGCCCAAACCACGCCGGCAUUGGUGCUCACUCCCCGCAGAUUCAAUCUCUAGCCGAUGCCCCGAGAAAUCAUUCUCCAAGCCCUCUGACCUUACAAACCCACUCGAACUACGUGCCCCCUCGACCGCCACGAUCCCCGUUGCGAGCUCAAACUGUCCAGAAGCCGGAUGCCUUCUACCAUCCGCAAAAAGCGUAUGCCGGCUCGGAACAUUACACCCAAGAUAGCCAGUCGAUGUACUCGAUACCCGCAACAAGAGCGCAAGCUAACGCGCCCGAAUUCUAUGGCCAGCCGACUCACGAGUACGAAUAUGCGAUGGAAUAUCUCGAGAACUAUUAUCCGGAUAACUAUGAGAGUUCGGCCUACACUUCCAACGUCGACCCACCCGGCCCUGCUGGACUUGCAAAGAACCACAAACCAGAGAUGAUCGGAAUGGAGUUCAUGCAAGUCGAGGAUCGGCCCUACGACCAUCGCUACACCGUCGACCGCAACGGAGUCUUGAAUAAUUAUACCCCCUCGAUCCCCUCGGUCCCUGUUCCCCGAGAAAGCGAUUACUUUUACAAGAAAAGAGUCUCUUGAAACUCUCCAUCUUUCGACUAUUCAUCAUCAAUCUAACCCGCAAAAACAACAAACAAAAACCCAAAACUAAAAGAUUCUGCC